UUCCGGGACCACGGAUCUCAGGGGAUCUGGAGAUGCCGCGGGGCGGGAGCAAGGCUGCGACUUAUCUCGCGUGGCUGUCUGGAGCGGAGGCAGGAAGGAAGAAGAGGGACGAACGAGGGGGGAGGAGGAUGCGGAGAGCUGACAGGAAUGGCAUGACCAGUAGCGGCAAACGCGCCUGGAGGGUGCAGGGAAUGCUAGCGCGGCUUGCCACGGUGAAAAGGAGCGGGAGCAGCUUGAGCCACUCGUCUCAUCGCCUCGAAGCUGGAAUCGCCGAGGAAGGCGGCCUCCAGCUCGGGCCCGCAGUGGUGUGCACGCGCCUGCGCACGUGGUGGUGCUGAGCGCCGAGGCAUCGAUCGUGCACGGCUGUUCGAACGCAACUUGCCUCUGUGUUGCAAGGGGCUCUGCCACGCAUGCUCUCUUGUUCUCACACGUGGUGCGCUCACGACUCGG